AUGCCAGCACGAAUAACAAACCAAAAUAACGCGAAGCCCCAGAGUCCGACAGCUGCUACGAAGAAAAUGGCUCAACAAAAGCCCAAUGACCAACAACGGGUUCCCGAAACGGAAAUAAAACAAAACUCGGGCAUCUCCGCUACAAUGGCGCUCCAAGCGGCUCAGAAAGCAUGGGAUUUGCGACAGGCAGCCAAUGCUGCUGGCGACCCAAAUGCACGAGAAGAGAUAUUAGCCAAGGCUAUCAACAAGGAAAUUGAGGCCGAGUCUUUUGGCAAGGCAGCAAAGUAUACACAAUCUGGUGCAUUUCAAGGGCUGGCCGCUGGUGCAGGAUUGGGCGUGCAACCAGGUGUAACGAUAGGCAAACUGACCGGGGCUUUGGUGGGCGGUGUAGUGGCAACAGUCACGGGUCUACUAGGAGGAGGCAUUGGAUCCGUGUAUGGCGCUUUGAACGGACCUUUCUGGAACCUGGGUGAAAUGGCAAGUCAUGGGGUUCGCGGCGUGAUUGGAGACUUUCCAAAUUGGAAUUCGACACCGGCACAGAAGAGAGCCUUGGAGAAGAUGGUGAUGCAGACUAAGGAGACACAGUCACCUUCAAAGGAAGAGCUGGAAGAGAUGAGCAGAUAUGCACCGGAUGAUAUGCCGCAGACUUGGUCACAGUCGGUCAAGGACAUGACUGCUUGGAGACCAUCGAUGCCGGAUAUGCCAAAGAUGCCAUCCGUACCCACGGGGGCCGCUCUAGGCCUAGGAGGCUUGGGUGCAUCGAUGCCUUCAUGGGGAAGUAAAAACCAAGGCAACAAUGCAAACCCAUCUCAGCAGACUCCCACUCAGCAAACCUCGCAACAGCAGGUCAACACACCACCGAGGCCCCAGGAGCCACCCAAGCCAAACACCGCUCCCAAACCUAAAGAAACACCCCCAGUAGAAAGACCCCCCACCCCAGCUCCAGCCCCCAAAAAACAUUCCCAGCGCCACACAGCCCCAAGUCCACAAACAAACCCUCCCCAACCUCCGUCCCCUCCCACAACAGUAAUCGCACCAAAGUCACCCGCCCCGAAAGCGAAGACGACUCCUAAGCCACCAUCAGAUUUGAAGAAACGCGAGAAGCCGUCUCGGCUACCACAGAAGACCAACUCGGCGUCCACCCGUGACGAGAAAGAAGGACCUGAUGCGUCGGCCUCGGAGCCGGCGAAAAGGAAACCCAGGAAGCUGGGGGCGAAGACGUCGUCUGCGGGUGCGGAACCAGUACAGACAGCGGACAAGGCGGACAAGGCACCGGUGAAGAAGGCGCCGCGGAAAUUGGCGUCUCGGAAGCCGGCUGUGUGA